CAUCUGCAUUCUCCUGUCCAGGUUAGCUGCCCAACCGCUAGUGGCAUAGCACUAGCAAAUUGUGCCAUAGGAUUCUGCUGCCAUUGCUCUCUGUUUAACAUAGUUCACUGAAUUACGCUUCAAUUCGGUGUUGAGGUGCCGUGCGCCGUCGGCGGCCACAUGAACGGCGAGAAAAUUUAUACCCUUGGGUUAAAGUUCCGGAGCGGCAACCCGUUCAUUCAAUACCUAGCCGUCAAAGCACACGAGCAGCCAAAAGCGCCUGGUGGUGGAGAAGGGGGAGGGGCAGCGCUGUUCGUCAGCGGGUUACCCUUCGGAGCGGACGAGCAAACACUCAGCGAGCUUUUCGAGUGCUUUGGCGCUGUCUCGCAGGCAGUCCUACAUCCCCUCAAGCGGAGCGGCAUUGUGGUUUUUCGGUCGGAUGCAGGUCGGGCGGCGGCGCUUAGGUACGCGUCCCGGGGCCAAGUCCUUGUGUACGAUGGUGCACGGCAACAAGGGAAGGAUGGGGACGCGGAGGAACCUGUUGGAGUGAAAGCUUGGGUACACGAGCACAAGGCUGCAAGGCCGGGGAACCAUGUACUGCAAAGCCAGAUUGACGACUGGAUGGACGAGUUUGAUGCGGAGCAGGAACGUAAGGCCCGGGAGCGGCAGGCGGCCAUGGGCGAGGACGGCUGGACGGUGGUGGUGCGGGCUAAGCCCCGGGGCGCAAACCCCGUGCAGGACGUGCACGUCGAGGAGUAUGCCGGUCGAAAACGCACCCGGGAGGAGGGCGGGGUCAAGAUGAUGACGGGGGGUGUGGCGGCGAAUGCGGCGGCGGCAGCAGCCGCGGCAGCCGCCCGGGAGGGCGAGAAGGCGGCGCUGGGCGACUUCUACCGCUUCCAGCGGCGGGAGCGACGGAGGAACGAACUGGUGGAGCUCAGACAGCGCUUCGAAGACGACCGCAGGGCUGUCAAUGUGAAGGUAGAGAAAGAGUUUAGGGAGCGCCGAUCCUGGAAGGGACUGCACUGGGUGGGAGAAAACCAGGUGGUGGUCGUGGUCGUGGUCUCGUGCAAAAGAGCUUACGACGACGCUGGCGGUUGCGAGAGACUCACUCCUUGCGGUGGAGGCUCAUCAGCCCACGCUGCUUCAGAGACAUGCGCGGGGCUGGCGGCUGCAGCCCGCCGCCCGGCAGGUGGAGGUACCGCAGGUGGCUCCAAGGCCGCCCCAGCACCUCAGGAUCUGAGUACUGCCAUACUGCUGGGCGACGACUCGCCAGCAUGUGCCCCGGCAGCAGCUGCUGUUGGUGGUGCUGCGGGAUUGGGGGCGGGCGAGGGGCUCCCGGUGACCGAGCCUGAUGCAGCCGGGCGGGGGGCGGACGGGGGGCUGCGGCGGCCGCCGGGGUUGGCGGCGGGGGUGCGGGUGACACCCCAGCAGCAGGUGUCUGUUGCCGCCAGUCCGGGGUGUGGUGUCGGCGGCACUGCCGGUUGUGGUGGCCAGCAACUGCCGCAACCCCAUCAAGCGUGGCGCCGUUCAUUUCCCCGGAGCAAGUCGGCUCCUAGCUGGCCGCCUCUUGCUCUGAAUCUGAAUCUAUCGGGCGGUGGUAACGGCGGCGGCAGUGGUUGCAACGGUGACGGCGAUGACGAGGAGGGCCCCAGCUGUACCACUCCCGGUGGUGGGGGUGGUGGCGGUAGCGGUAGCCGCGGGGUCAAUAUGGGUAGUGGCCCCGCCCGCAUCCGCCUGGGUGUGUGCGCCAUGGCACGCAAGGCCAAGUCCCGACCGAUGCGGGAGAUCCUGAGCCGCCUAACUACCUGCAACGAAUUCGAGUUGGUGGUAUUCGAGGAGGAGGUGAUCCUGCAGCAGCCCGUGGACCGCUGGCCCGUGGUGGACUGCCUCCUGAGCUGGUACUCGGAGGCGUUUCCCCUGCGUAAGGCCCAGGAGUACGUGGAGCGAGUAAGGCCCUUCUGUGUGAACGACCUGGCCGCGCAGGAGGUGCUGCUGGACCGACGCAAGGUGUACCGACUGCUGCAGGUAGGUGCGGGAGGUAGGUGCGGGAGGCAGGACAGCAGUAUUCCAGUUCCCCGGCACAUUGUGGUGAACCGGGAGGGUCUCGAACCGGGGACUUCACCUCCGGGCUUUGUGGAGGGAGACGAGUACAUCGAGCUGGACGGUGAGCGCAUCUCCAAGCCCUUUGUGGAGAAGCCCGCCAGUGGUGAGGACCACAACAUCUGGGUCUACUACCCCACGUCCAUGGGGGGCGGUGUAAAGAGGCUCUUCAGGAAGGUGGCGGACAGGAGCGGGAACUACGACCCGGGGCACAGUGGAGCUGUACGACGGGACGGGUCGUACAUUUACGAAGAAUUUCUAGCCACCGGUGGAACGGAUGUCAAGGUGUACACGGUGGGCCCCCGCUACGCGCAUGCGGAGGCCCGUAAGAGCCCGGUGGUGGACGGGAGGGUGGCGCGAACGGCGGAUGGGAAGGAGGUGCGGUUCCCGGUCCUCCUGAGCCCUCAGGAGAAGGAGAUUGCGCGGAUGGUGUGUUUGGCGUUCGGUCAGAAAGUGUGCGGGUUUGACCUGUUGAGGAGUGAGCGAGGUGGCAGCUAUGUGUGCGAUGUCAACGGCUGGUCAUUCGUGAAGAGCUCUGCCAAGUUCUUCGGGGAUGCGGCUGACAUACUGAGGAGUAUCAUCCUGCAGGCCCUGGCGCCCCACCGGCUGCACCUGGUGCCCGCACUGCCGCCUGCGCCUACAUUCGGGCUGAUGCGUGAAUCGCAGCAAGCGCUGGCGGCGGCAGAGGCCGCGGCGGCGGCAGCAGCGGCCGUAGCGGCGACGGGGUGCUGUAGUUCACUGGCGGGCCCCGAGGGGCUGCUACGGCAGGAUACGUUCAUCCCGACAAUGGCGGCGGCGGCGGCGGCGGCGGCGAGGUUAGGGUCGCUGGACGGCGGCCCCGCCAGCCCCUGCUCACCCCCCCUCACUCCGGCGGCCGCUGCGGCCGCUGCUGCCGCGGGUUGGGGGCGACCGGGCGAGGAGCUGCGCUGCGUGCUGGCGGUGAUACGGCACGGUGACCGUACACCCAAGCAAAAAGUCAAGGUUGUCGUAAAUCACCCCGCCUUCCUGGAGCUGUACGAACGCUACGCGGAUCCCGGCAAGCGACCGGGCCUGGGCCGUCAGGCGAAGCUCAAGAGCGCAUCACAGCUGCAGCGGCCAGAAGCGACUACAGCCUCUACAGCCUCUACUGCCACCAUCGCGGCGGCAGGGGAGGGCAGUGGCAGUGGUAGCGGUGACGUAGGCGCCGUGAUGCUGCCAUCGUACCCCAUGGCGGCUGUAGCAGGGUGCGAGGGUGCUGGCAGUAGCGGGGCCGCAGCCGCCGCCGCUGAGGUGGUGUCGACGGCGGCCGCUGAGGUCGACUUGGUGGCGGCGGAGACGCGCUCGGCGCUGGCGGUGCUCCUGGUUUGGCAGUCGCGCGGUCUAACCACCGCCGCAGGGCCACUGGCGGGCCCAACCGCCACCCCAACCGCCACUCCAACCGCCACCCCAACCGUCAAGUCCUCCUCCGGCGGUCCCGGCUCCCUCCUCCUCAUCGUCAAGUGGGGCGGAGUGCUGACUCAUGCGGGCAGAGCGCAGGCGGAAACCCUAGGGGUGCGCUUCCGUACGGGCAUGUACCCCCGGGCUGGUCCGGCGGGUGGCGGGCUGCUGCGCCUGCACUCCACCUACCGCCACGACUUCAAGGUGUACUCCUCAGACGAGGGCCGUGUGCAGGUGAGUCCGAAGGAGACCUCCGCCGCCGCCUUUACCCAGGGCCUGCUGUGUUUGGAGGGCACCUCCCUCACCCCCAUACUGGCAUCGCUGGUCAACAAGGAUGCGGCCAUGUUGGAGGCCUUCGGGAAGGGCGCCUCGUACGACAUGCGGGCAGCCAAGGAGGAGCUGUACAAGCGGCUAACCUGGGACCCGGCUGCCCGGGUGUCCCGCUGCAAGCUGCCCGCCGCACCCCCGCCGCCGUCCCCCGCGCCCACACCGCCGCCCUCGCCCAAGCUCCGCCCCGCCUCCACUCCACCACACCCGCCCUCCGCCGCCGCCACCACUACCCCCACCGGCCCGCCACGGGUAACUAGCCUCAACAUGUUGCGUACGACGGGUCCGCCGCCACCGCCUGCACCACCUUCCGGGGGCUGUGGCGGCCCGGCGCGAUUCCCAGCGCUGCUGCCGCAAGCGGCCAUGGACGUGGUGACGAUGUCACAGAUGUCAGCGGGGCCGCCACCGUCGCAACCGCCGCCGCCGCCACAGCCAGUUCCGCCAACGAAGCAGCUACAGCAGCAGCAGCAGCCACCCCCACAGCACCGCCACCAGCAGCAGCAACAGGCCGAGCCAUUGCUGACCCAGCGGCAACCCAGGGGCCCCUGGUCCGCCGCCGUCAAGGGGUUGCCGGAGCGGCCCCUGGAGCUCCUGGAGGAGCUCUGUCGGCAGUUGCGGCACUUGGUGGAGGAGAUUAAGGGACCGGCGGCGGCGCAUCAUGCGGCGGCACAUGUGGGCGCCGCCGCCGUCAGAGGAAGCGGCACGGGCGGUACGGGCCCAGCGGAGGCCGCGCCGCCGCCACACUUGUACUACAGCAGCCUGAGUAUGUCGCCCGACGAGUGGAGGUCCGAGCAGGGGGAACCUUGCGGUGGCGAGCGCUGGCUGCUGCUGUACGACAGAUGGCACAAGCUGCUGGACAGCUUCUACUCACCGAAGAAAGGGCUGUACGAUAUUAGCAAGGUACCUGACAUUUAUGAUGCCGCAAAGCACGCCCUCAUCCACAACGCCUACCUGCCCCUGGAUCCUCCGCACCCACCGCCAACACCGCCACUGGCAGCGCCGGCUGCAUCAGCGGCGGUGGUGGCGGCACCGGGCCCACUGCGGGCCCCAUCCCUGGACUCCUUGCAUCUGGAGCCGUUAUCGCCGGGGGGGAAGCCGCCUCCGCCUCCGCCACCGCCGCAAGGGACCGUGGCUGGCGGCCCUGGUGUGGAGUCCGCUGCCUACCCCGCCCUUGAUGCGGGUGGCAAGGCGGCCGAGGCUUUCGACACCGCUGCACCCCUGGGGUCGAGGAGGGAUACGGAAGGUACGGCAGUAAGCAUGGAAUGUACGGCAGCACCUGAAGCAGGUGUGGCUCCUGUGCGUGUCCUGGGUGAGAUCAUGGCGCCGCUCUACUUGAUUGCACGCCGCUUGGCGGAUGCUGUCGUACCGAACGAGUACGGCAUUGCACCACAGUCCAAGCUGGUGAUCGGCUCGGCUAUCUGUCGAGAGCUGCUGGGCAAGCUGUUGGCGGACAUGGGAGCCAUGAGGGAGGAGAGCCUGGCCACGCAAGGUGUAUCAGCGCCUGGUGGCCCCAACCUCCCCAUCCUCCCCAACCCCCCCACCAGUGGUGCCCAGGCGGGCCCUACGUCAGGGAGUAGUGCCACCAGCAGCUUCCGCAGCCUCUCUGGAUACACCCUGAUAUCCACAACCAGUGGCGGCAGCGGAAGUGGAGGUGGUGGUGGAGGUGGCGCUGGCAUUAGCAGGGGUAGUGGACCCCUAGGUGACGGUGAGGGUAAGGAUGAGGGUGAGAGGACAACACGCAGUGCCCUGGGCAGCCUUGUCAGCACCGUCGGUGAUAACCUGCAGCUGCAGCUGUCACUCGGUCACGAAGCAGCAGCAGAUGGUGUUGGUGUUGGUGUUGGUGUUGGUGGCGGCGUCAGUGGAGAGACCCGCGGAUUGGGCCUGGCCAGUAAGGCAGCACCAGUGCUGGCACCGUCAGCACUGGUGGCGGCUGCUGUGAUGAGCCCACCAGGGGUUCUGGAGCGGGCGGUUACAUGCAAUGAUUAUGGCGGUAUGGGGGGUGCGCCGCAGCUGCUGGAUUCCAUGGUUUCGGAGUUUGGCAGCGCGUCACUUGAGGAUGAGCGGCUUCGUGCCGUGGGAGGGCGACUGGAGGUGGCAGCAUCAGUGCGGCCUGCAGGCGAGGGAUCUGCCGCCACCGGCCGGGCGCCAUUACCGAUGUCUGGUAAGGCCACGCAGCAGCAGCAGCAGCAGCUUCUGCCGCCGCCGCCUCCACCCCCAUCGCCCAAGUGGCAGCAACUGCAGGAGUACGCGGACACCGUGGAUGUGGAGCGUGGUACAACUGAUGAGUCGAUAGAGGCGCCAUGUGAGACCGCCAACACGGUGUUUGCUGUCGCCUCCUCUGAUAGUGCGGAGCCAGUCGCUGGUCAACCAGCACCACCACCGCCGCCACCGCAGCGACCACUGACCGAGUGUGGCAUGGCCUCUCACCGUGAUGCUGCUGGCGACGGCAGCAACGCAGCGGCAUUUGGUACCCCUGCCGCGGCAGCACCAGCGCCAGCGACGGAUGCGUGCACAAAGGGGUGCCGUGGCCCUGAUGACGAGAUGGUUGUUGCAGCCGCAGUGGGGGAGGGUGGUGGUGGUGACGGCGGGGGGUUGCCUGAGGGUGAGGAUGACAGCAAUAAUGGCAUCGUGGGUGACGGUGUGGAGGAAGAGGCGCAGGCUCUUCACCGGCUAUGUCCGCAGUACGCCACUGACAUCAACAGCCCGUUGCGACACGUGCGUACCCGGGUCUACUUCACAUCAGAGAGCCACAUCCACGCCCUGCUGAAUGUGCUGCAAUAUUGCCACCUACACCAGCAGCAGCAACCCACCUCCAACACCGUGUCCACUGCCGCAACCACCAACGUCUGCACUGCUUGGCAGCCCGGCCGUGGCAAUGAUGCCGCUGCGGCUGCUCCCUUGUUAGCCUCAUCAUCAUCGGAGGCAGCAGUCCCCGCGGGUCACCAUCCGCUACCUCCUGCUGGGGACCUAGGCCUAGGCGGCACCCACACCACAGAGGGGGAGCUGCUGGAAGCAGCGCCCGAGUACGACUACAUGACGCAGAUCGUAUUCCGUAUGUUUGAAAACAAGCAUGUGAGUUAUUUGGAGGUCAUUUGA